AUGGACCUGCCCUCAGGCUGGGUCGAGCCGGUGCUGGGCCAUAGCCACGCGGCCCGAGUGGAGUCGGGAACCCACCCAGCAGAUCUGAUGGCCGUCCCGGUGAAGCCUUGGGAGCAGGUCCCCAAAAAGCCAAAGAGGAAGAAAAGGCGUCGGCGCAACGUGAACUGCCUGAAGAAUGUGGUGAUCUGGUACGAGGACCACAAGCACCGCUGUCCGUAUGAGCCGCACCUGGCCGAGCUGGACCCCACCUUCGGCCUCUACACCACAGCCGUGUGGCAGUGUGAAGCCGGCCACCGCUACUUUCAAGACCUGCACUCACCCCUGAAGCCACUCAGCGACUCAGACCCCGACAGUGACAAAGUGGACAACGGCCUGGGGGCCGGCAGCUCCAACUCGUCCAGCUCCUGCUCUGGCUCUGACUCUGAGGAGCCCCCUGGAGGCCAGCCAGCCAAGGCGACAGUAGCAGCUGCUGCUGUGACCCCCACCAGCCCAGCGGGCAGCAGUGGGCUCAUCACGCAAGAGGGUGUGCACAUCCCUUUCGACGUCCACCACGUGGAGAGCCUGGCUGAGCAGGGCACCGCACUGUGCCCCAACCCAGCAGGCAGCGGGCCGGAAGCCCUGGAGACCGUGGUGUGUGUGCCAGUGCCCAUGCAAGUGGGCCCGGGCUCUGGCACCCUUUUUGAGAACAUGCCCCAGGAGGCACUGGGCGAGGUGGUAGCCAGCUGUCCCAUGCCAGGCAUGGUGCCUGGCUCUCAGGUGAUCAUCAUCGCAGGCCCAGGCUACGAUGCCCUCACGGCUGAGGGCAUCCACCUCAACGUGGCAGCAGGCAGCAGUGCGCCCAGCGGGGGCCUGGGUGACGAGGUGCCCUGCACCAUGAUGGAGGGUGUGGCAGCCUACACCCAGACGGAGCCUGAGGGCAGCCAGCCCAGCACUAUGGACCCCACCACCAUGGCAGGCAUGGAGACCAAGAAAGAGAAGGAGGACCUGUACAUGCUUAAGAAGGAGGAGAAGGAGGAGCCAGUGGCUCCAGAGCUGGCAGAGCUGGCAGCGACAGUGCCUGAGAGUGCAGAGCCUGAGGCAGAGGCAGACGGGGAGGAGCUGGACGGCAGUGACAUGUCAGCCAUCAUCUAUGAGAUCCCCAAGGAGCCUGAGAAGAGGCGGAGGAGCAAGCGGUCACGGGUGAUGGACGCCGACGGCCUGCUCGAGAUGUUCCACUGUCCCUACGAGGGCUGCAGCCAGGUGUAUGUGGCUCUCAGUAGUUUCCAGAACCAUGUCAACCUUGUGCAUCGAAAAGGGAAGACCAAAGUGUGCCCUCACCCUGGCUGUGGCAAGAAGUUCUAUUUAUCCAACCACCUAAGGCGACACAUGAUCAUCCACUCAGGUGUCCGAGAAUUCACCUGUGAGACCUGUGGCAAGUCCUUCAAAAGGAAGAACCACCUGGAGGUACACCGGCGCACACACACCGGCGAGACACCCCUGCAGUGCGAGAUCUGCGGCUACCAGUGCCGGCAGCGUGCUUCGCUCAACUGGCACAUGAAGAAGCACACAGCAGAGGUGCAGUACAAUUUCACGUGUGAGCGCUGCGGGAAGCGUUUCGAGAAGUUGGACAGCAUCAAGUUCCACACUCUCAAAAGCCACCCAGACCACAAACCCGCCUGACCCACCCUACCACUGACCGUCCCUAUUUAUUUGUCCACUCUGAUGCCACUCCUGGGCCUCCUGGGCCCGGACUACCAUGGGGGCCACCCCGCAGGCCGGAAGGUGAUGCCCCUGCCCCACCCCAGGGCUGGUCCCCCCCCCCCCCCCUGCACUGCUGGAACUGGAAAUGGGGG